GCAGUGCGCGACAGCACCAGCAGAUGCGUGCGCUUGCAGGUGCACGCCAUGGACGCGGAUGCUUUGAAUGAUUUGGUUGUGCACGAACUUCGUCGAUCGUGACGACGUCAGUGAGUGCGUCCAGCGAUGUAGCGCCCGCUGAUGUGUUCGGUGCAGAUGGAGCCUGACAAUCCUCGUAGACACCGCACACGGCAGCUGCUGGUCACCCUCGGCGUUGUAACGGUGCUCGUCAUCCUUUACGCCAGUCCGCGCGAGCUGCGCAACGCUAUUAGAAGCGGUAUUUCCCGAAACUCAACGCACCCGAGCGCAUGACAUCGCUCCGUAACGGCAGCAGCAGUGGCAACAAGAACAACAACGUAAGUGCCUGGAAGUUUCCGAUCAGAGUGCUGGGACGAUUUCGACACGAUUCAAGUUCGACCGUCGACUCGGACUACUCCGGCGAAGUCGUUCACGUGCUGCUCAUUUUCACGAACGUUAACGAAGCCAGAAACAUGCGCGAGAAGCUGGCGAUCUGCCUCGGAUCGCUGCUCGCGUUGAGCAGCGCCCCGCUUCGGCUCUACAUCGUGACGGACGGCCCCAGCGCCGAUGUGGCCCGGCAGGUUCUAGCGGACGCCUCCGCCAAGGCAUCUUCGGAUGUGCUGGCGGAGCUUCUGGACAUGGAUGACAUGCUGGCUCCUCUCGAGGACCUGGUGUCCUUCUUGCAGCCUCACUUCAGUUCGCACGGGUACUAUGGCAAGAAGCUCUUCUUUCUGUCAACGGGCCUACAUCGGCUGUUUCCUGUGGGAGUCCGUCGCCUCAUCCUUCUGGACGUUGAUCUUCAUCUGCGCUCGGAUAUUGCCCUCCUGCAGAAACAUUUCGCCCUGUUUCCUCCGGGCGCGAUAAUGGGGCUUGCGCACGAACUCCAGCCCGUGUAUCGUCACUGCUUGCACAAGUACAGGCAGCAGCAUCCGGGCACCCCGUGCGGCGAACCUGCACCCCACGGAAACCCCGGGUUCAACAGCGGUGUCCUGCUGAUCGAUCUCGAAGCUGUUCGAAGCUCGUCCACCUACAAGAAGUUCCUCACUGCCUCGGGAGUCCAGUGGCUGGUAGAGAAAUACAGUUUUGGAGGCAACCUCGGAGACCAGGACUUCUACUCUCUCCUAAGCUGGGAAUUCCCCGAGCUGUUUUACGUGCUCCCGUGCACGUGGAAUCGACAGCUGUGUGAGUGGUGGCGACAUCAUGGCUAUGCAGACGUCUUUGACGAGUACCAUAGGUGCAAUGGUACGGUUCACAUUUAUCACGGCAACUGCAAUUCUUCCAUACCAUCAGUGAGGUGACCUACCGUGGUGGCUCAGUGGCUCAGGUGUCCUGCUGCUUAGCAUGAGUACCCUGGUUCAGUUCCUGAACGCUAAGCACUACCUAAAUAUACUAGCGUUAUAAAUUAUUGUAAGAAUUUGGGUUGAGCUGCAGUAAGCUACUUCAUCUGAAUGACAAGGUGUGCAAAUGCACUGGUACUGUAUGUUUAUAUCUAGUCACGGCUUAUUAGUUUACAGAUAGUUCUUGUUCUUUGUUGCCAUUUGCCAUAUUUUAUGGUUGCAGGUCUAUCUGUUCAAUAGAAGCGAGCAGCUAGCACUUGCUUUCUGGAAUUCUUUUUGUAUAUACUAUCAAUUACCUGGCAGAUCAGAUCAAAAGUUCGUUUUUCCCAUUGUUAAUUUUUGGAUGUUGCAACUUUAUCAUUGAAUUAUUGUUUUAAGUUCUUCUCAUUAAUUCAGCGGCUUCGCUAGCAUCAGAACUGCGUCUUCGCUUGGUUCGCUAUGUUCCUUACUUCCUCAAGUAAUCAUUGUGCAUCUAUAUGAACAACUGUAUAGUUUUGAGGAGAUGUCUUUUGUUUGAGUGAAGAACCCGACAAUGUUCCUUUAAGUGGCAGCCAUAUUCACAGCAGUCGUUUUUCUCAUUGAUGUUGCGUACAGCGUCGUAUGCUAUUCUGAAGAAGAAAAAAAAUUCAGGAGAUGCACAAAUUUGACAAAAAAAAAAGCAAGAAAAUGUUCAAACUUGGAGUGUAAGGUGCUUUAGUCCCCGUGUCUUUAUUCAAGCCAUGGAAUUUAAGAUGUCUGUGGAGUUUUCUACAAAAAUUACUCGAAGGGCAGCUGAACUGUUGUAAAUGCAGCUCCGUGGACAUUUGUGCCAAGGUUCUGUGUAUUAACUUUUCAAAGAAACAGUAGUUGACAGUGUUCUCGUAUGUGGGAGCUGUGCAGCUGCACCAUCUCUUCCACCAAGCUGGAAACACUCAAACUGAGACCGUUGGGCAGUGUAACACAUGUGCAGAUGGUUUAGGAGAACUUUUUGUUGGGCAAGUUGGUGAACGUUCAUAAUCGAUUUUUAAGGUAGCAAAGGAGGACAUACACAAGUUCAUUGCAGCCAGGGAUGGAUACUGGAGGGGAAAGCUGCCCCCUUAAGUGCCAAACGGCCUCUCAUUGCCUCCAAUGGACUGCCAGAAGGCUGACACUAUAGUUUGCUCUGGGGUGUCGUCGAAAUGCCACCCCCUUCCCGCAGGAAAAUAAUCCUGGCACUACACGCGUCUGCAAGUUAUAUAUAAUGUAAAUGUUCGCUGCUUUAUUCAUUCAUGUGAAAGCGCAUCACCAACAUUAAGAUAGUAAGCUGAGCUAGUUGGUUUAGCAUUUGUAGAAAUUUCGUGGAGCUGCUCAUGAGCAGGACAAAGGACAGAAAAAACAACGCUUCUUCUCGCUGUUUCUUCUGUCCUUUGUCACACUAAUGGGUGCUGCAUGAAAUUUUUAUCAUGCAUAACUGACCUUGAGGAAAGCUCUUGCUCAGUUUGAAAAAACGUAAGUAACGAAGUCUUUGACACGUCUCUACCAAGGUUUUGUAAAGCAUCCACAGGUAUAUCGUUUCCGAACUUGCAGACAGUAUUAAUUCCUGUUCGCAACACAGCAGCUGACAAGUUUGCUGCCCCGAUUUGGGGCUUGCUUACAGCGUAAUAUUGUGCCAGCUGUGACACCAGUAGCAGCUAGGUGGUAGCCUUCUAAUUGACGCGAAUGGCAGCGAGGAAACAUUUGCAUUCUUAACUGAGAGAUUAACCCUUUGCGGUCCGUUGUCGGGCCACUACCGACAACGCAACAGGACCACAGCAGCUUGUGGUUGGGCACUGCUCAACAAGUUGUUUCGUGGUUGGUUCACGUGCACGUUUUCUCGUUGCAUUAUGCGUCAUCUCUAAAUGAGUAAGUAAACUUCUUUUACUUGGGCUUUGAAUUUAUUAGUUUCACACCGGAAUGGACGGAAGGUCGGUAAAGGCUUCGGAGCGUAAAGGGUUCAAUAAAAUUUAUGAAAAAAAAAAAAGACUGCGCCAACUUGUUUUGCACAAAUUCUUCAGUCACAUGAAUUCCCAGAAUGCAAUGGAAGACGUAUUAAUACUAAACCUACACUUUUGCUCUCUUUAUAUACUUGUAGCAGUUUGCCGUAACCAAGAUGGUGGACAUCAGGGGCACAAAUCAGAAUAAUUCAUGUCAAUAAGCAGGAUGAUGAUUUUCCUGCCACCUUCAGUCUCAGCACUGCGCAACCUUUCUUUCAAACUGCAGAAGUGCCUCAGCUUCAACAGCGCUGCCAGCAAAACCAUAGCCAUAAUGGUUAGGCCAAUUUAGAUGUAUAGUAGAUGGGCCAGCUUGCAGAAUUUUGUAUAUUGUCUGUCACACUUGUAAAAUCGGUUCCCUUAAGAUGUGGUUUGCUGACUCACUGCCCUAUAGAGGCAUUAUUAAUUACUGAUGUGUCACUUGCAAAGAAACAUGUUUAUUGAGUACAUAGCAUUUUUAUUGUUGGAGAAAGUACCAUGUGUAAAUAACUCCCUUUACUCUAAUGAAAAAGCUCUACACUAACAGUAUAUGUAUAAUGUUUGAAGUGUGUAUAUAUGUGCAUGUGCAUACCCACGGUGUUGUGGCUGCAGUUCAUCCUAUGUUAUUUUGUGUGCCAUAAUUCAAGCCAUGCAAAGCUGCAGUGCCUCAGAAUGGUUGAGUGUCCACUGCUUUGAAAAAGUGUCCACGCCAUUUGCCAUAAUGCAGCAUUCGCUUGUCAUGAAGCUGCUGGACUGUGUCCAGAACUCACCGAGACCCUCCUAAAAGCCACAUUUGGCUUCCUACCUAAAUGUAGUGUACUGGUGUGUAGCUAAUAGGUUUGAAUGCCAAAAUUUGUGCCAAGGUCCUCAGUGGCAAUCUAUGUUGUAAAAUUGUGACCAGCUCUGUUCAUCCAUUGCAUGCUUGGUUUCUUCUAAUCGUUUUUUUUUUAUGUUGCUGCUCCAGUGCAGCUGUCCAGGAUUAUCACCCACAGUCGAGAGCCAUUUGGUUAUGGUGUUGAGAUCGCAGCAACAUGUGAUGGGGAAAAUUUUAAAAUGUUUAUUACCACUUACAGUGCUCAAAAGGCACAAGGCACCGAGGUACGACGCGGACACAGCACUAACUUCCAACAAAUGAUACUGUGUCCAUGUUGUACCUCUGUCUCUUGUUCCUUUUGUGCUCUAUAGGUGUUAAUAGGGAGUACCAAUACGCUCCAAAUAACGUUCUUGAAAACGGUUCCUUAUAUGGAUGUAGAGACGUGGUAAAAAGCCAGUGGCAUUGAUAAUAAUGGCGCAGCCUUUAACUGCAAUGUUUCUCAUUACAUGAGCCUUUGCUAUAGAAAGCAGUGGCACCCUUUUGGACGCUAAGUGCCACAACUCGAUUCGCAGCCUCCUUGUCAAGAUUGUUCCCGAGUCCCAAAACGUUGAGCCCAUCUAAAAACUGUGGCUGUAAUAAUUUCGGCAUCUAGAAUUCUUUUACCCGGCCAGGAACAUCUCUGUCAAAAUUUUCACAUUUAAGUACACUUGCUGUGCAAUUUCAUGUUUACAUUCUAUUACUUCGUAAGUGUCUAGUGCAAAUGUCAUCCCUUUUCUGCGUUUUAUACAGCAUGGCUUUUCUUGUAUUGCACACGUUAAUCAGAACACCAGAGGUUUAUUUGUGGCUUGGAGCGUGAAUACUAAUUUUGCGUUACCUGAUGGUCUAGAGAACACUGCCUGCUUUGCAUUUGUUGAUUGCAAAGUUUCGACUUGAAGCUGUCAUUUUUUUUUCAUACAUUAUCUACAUCUUCUAGAUCUACACUUCUUUUGAUGCACAUUGUUUUUAGAAGCUAUUUUCAGAAGCUCUUCAUGGUAUUUUGCUGUCUGUUUAUGAAAGAGACAGUUGCUCCUUAAAUUGCCAUGCAGUACCUACCCAACUGUUGCAUUUCUGUUUCAUAUUUUUUUCGUGCUCGUCUCUAUUAUAACACAUUUUUGUUGCAAUUGUUUAAAUGCUUGUAAAUAGUGACAUUUUGUUUUUCUCAUGUAUAACUGUAGAGUGCAUUUCUUUAAAUGCCUCUUGUUUUUUUUUUUUUCAUGUUCAUUGCUGGUCCUUGCGAUAGCAUAACAUUUUAAUUUUUUAAUUACUAAGCUGCUCCCAUGUGCAGAGGAACACUUGAAUUCCUACUAUAGUAGUGCAAAGAAUUUUUUUUUUUUUUUUUUGCGACGAUGGCAGAGCAUAGCAUUUUGUAUUAUUGUACAUGAAGACUGACGUGCAAGAUAUUGUUGGCGCUUUUAUUCAGUUUGCAUGGAGUUACUUUUAACGCAAUAAUGGUGAUAGCCCUGUGAAAAAGCCUGUGCAACUCUGAAUGCGUGGAAGUCAUUGCAUUUGUCUUUAGUAGGUCGUGAACUAUGGAUUAU